CUUUUAUUCGAAUCACAGCACAGCCAGACUUUCAGUAAGCUGUCGUUUGUGAGUAAGUAAAGUUUUCGUCUAUUGAAUCCGCGUAUCUCGAGUAUCUACUUCAAUAUCAACAAUGUCAAAGUGGGAAAGUAACGGAGAAAUCGCGAUAUUGCGUGAAUAUUUGCGCAUUCCGAGUGUUUAUCCGAAUAUUGAUUAUGAGCCUUGCGUUGAAUUUCUCAAACGCCAAGCGAAAAGUUUGGACUUAACUGUGGCGGUCCAUUAUCCAGUAAAUGAAAAGAAUCCUGUUGUCGUCUUGACAUGGACAGGAGCCGAACCGAACCUACCUUCAAUUGUGCUAAAUUCGCAUAUGGAUGUUGUGCCCGUCUUUCCCGAGCGUUGGAAGCAUACACCAUUCGGUGCUGAAAUGGAUGCCGAUGGGAAGAUAUUCGCAAGAGGUUCACAAGACAUGAAAUCGGUGGGCAUUCAAUACUUGGCCGCCAUUCGGGCACUGAAACAGGAUGGUGUAAGACAAUUGAAACGAACGAUUCACGUUACGUUCGUUCCUGAUGAGGAGGUUGGAGGUGACCUUGGAAUGAUGCCUUUCGUUGAAUCGAAUGAGUUCAAGGCAUUGAACGUUGGCUUCUCUCUUGACGAGGGCAUUGCAUCACCAACUGAAGAAUUUAGUGUCUUUUAUGCGGAGAGAUUUAUUUGGGAAAUCGAAUUCAUUUGCAAUGGACAGAGUGGUCAUGGAUCGUUGUUGUUGAAAAACACUCCCGGCGAAAAGAUUCAUUACAUUAUCGAUAAAUUUGCGCAGUUUCGGAAGCAAGAAUCUGCAAAACUGGAUAAUCAUCCGGAACUCAAGAUCGGGGAUGUGACAACGGUCAAUUUGACGAUGCUAAGCGGAGGCGCUCAGGCCAAUGUUAUUCCACCUACACUAAGUGCAACCUUUGAUAUUCGUGUGGCCAACGACGUCAAUGUUGAGGACCUCAAAAAGACGAUCCAACGAUGGUGUCAAGAGGCCGGGGGUGACAUUGAAAUGAAAUUCAUUGCGAAGAAUCCAAAAGCACCAGCCACUGCUAUCAAUGACUCGAAUCCGUAUUGGGUGGCAUUUAAAAGUGCCGUUGAUGAAAUGAACCUCAAGAUAUCAACCCAAGUAUUUCCUGCUGCAACCGACAGUCGAUUCCUUCGAUUGGUCAACAUACCGGCGCUGGGAUUUUCACCUUUGAACAAUAUUCCAGUCCUACUACAUGAUCACGACGAAUACAUACUGGCCGACACUUUUUUGACUGGCAUUGAGAUUUAUAAGAAAAUAAUUCCGAAAAUAGGUGGUGUUUGAUUGGUGGCUUGUUCUCUUGGACCGCUUUCGGUUUCCGUUUAUCCUCGAUAUUACAUCGUAAAUUUCAAUAAAUUUAUUUGAAUUGGA